UGUCUGUACUUUUUUGCCAUCAUGGUGCUGAGAAGUUCUCCAAUGAAUAUAUCUUCUUUAGUCUUGCAAAAAUAAAUUCCAGAGACACAGCUUUGUGCAUCUUCUCUGCUCUGAUAUAUACCUACCCAAGCAAGCCCUUUGCAAAACUGGAGGACCAUCUGGAGACAUGGACUGAGGGCUUCAAAGUAAUGUCUUCUGAUCAACAGCUGCCAAGGGAUUUGACAGACCUGGAACAGAGAUCUGUUGCAGCGCUCGAAAGGAUUGAGUGAGAUGAACCAUCUGGGUUAUAGUAUCUAAAGGGCUAAGUUAUUCUUUUGGAGAGACAUUCUAAAUGAGCCUGACCGAGAUACUGGAUCUGUGUGAAGAGGACUAAGGAUAUAGGAUGUCAACUGAGACAGAACUUCAAGUGGCUGUUAAAACCAGCACAAAGAAAGACUCAAAAAAGAAAGGUCAGGAUCGCAGCGAAGCCACUUUAAUAAAGAGGUUUAAAGGUGACGGUGUCCGAUACAAAGCAAAACUGAUUGGGAUAGAUGAGGUUUCUGCAGCACGAGGAGACAAGUUAUGUCAAGAUUCCAUGAUGAAACUCAAGGGAAUUGUUGCUGCCGCUCGUUCAAAAGGAGAACAUAAACAGAAAAUCUUUCUAACCGUCUCCUUUGGAGGAAUCAAAAUCUUUGAUGAAAAGACAGGACUACUCCAGCACCAUCAUGCAGUUCAUGAAAUUUCAUAUAUUGCAAAGGAUAUCACAGACCACCGAGCAUUUGGAUAUGUGUGUGGAAAAGAGGGAAAUCAUAGAUUUGUGGCAAUAAAAACAGCCCAGGCAGCUGAACCUGUAAUUCUGGACUUGCGAGACCUGUUUCAGCUCAUUUAUGAAUUGAAACAAAGGGAAGAAAUGGAAAAAAAGGCACAAAAGGACAAGCAGUGUGAACAAGCAGUGUACCAGGUUCCUACCAGCCAAAAAAAGGAAGGUGUUUAUGAUGUGCCAAAAAGUCAACCUGUAAGUCAGCAGAAUGGGAACUUAUUGCUGGACAUUGAUGAAAAUCUUGUUUCAGUGACUCAGGCUGUUACCCAACUAGAGCUUUUUGGGGACAUGUCCACUCCUCCCGAUGUAACCUCUCCCCCAACUCCUGCAACUCCAGGUGAUGCCUUUAUCCCAUCUUCAUCCCAAUCACUUCCUGGUAGUACAGACAUGUUUGGUUCUGUACCGUUCAGCACUGCUGCCGUACCCUCAGGUUAUGUUGCAAUGGGAGCUGUCCUGCCAUCCUUCUGGGGACAGCAACCACUCGUUCAACAACAGUUGACCCUAGGUGCUCAGCCUCCAGUUGCUCAGGUGAUGCAGGGAGGACAGCCAAUAGCCUGGGGCCAACCUGGUAUUUUUUCUCCUACCCAGCAACCAUGGCCAACCGUAGCUGGUCAGUUCCAGCCAACUGCCUUCAUGCCAACACAAACUGUUAUGCCUUUACAAGCAGCCAUGUUUCAAGGUACCAUUGCUCCCAUUGCUACUGUUCCACCCACAAGCGAUUCCACCAGAUCAAGUCCGCAGACAGACAGGCCCAGACAGAAAAUGGGAAAAGAAAUGUUUAAAGAUUUCCAGAUGGCUCAGCCUCCUCCAGUGCCAUCAAGAAAACCAGAUCAGCCUUCCCUCACUUGUACCUCAGAGGCCUUCUCAAGUUAUUUUAACAAAGUUGGGAUGGCACAGGAAGCAGAUGAUUGUGAUGACUUUGACAUCUCUCAGUUAAAUUUGACUCCUGUGACUUCUACAACACCAUCCACAAACUCACCUCCAACCCCUGCUCCCAGACAGAGUUCUCCAUCCAAAUCAUCAGCAUCUCAUACCAGUGACCCUACUGCAGAUGACCUCUUUGAAGAGGGGUUUGAAAGCCCAAGCAAAAGUGAAGAGCAGGAUGCUGAAGAUGAGCCUCUCUACGCCCAGAUCAACAGACCUAAGAAAUAGCAUUGUUACAGGCUUGUGGUGCUUCAAGACUCAAAUGAAAAUCUACAACCUGACAGGCCUUUGGCACUCAUGCUUUUUUCCCCAAUUGAUCUCGUCUGACAAAAGAUAAAUGAUUGCCCUACUGGAUCAGUUCGACAAACUUCCCUGACGGUUUUUGGCAACCAAUGGCAAAUUUCUAUGGCAGCACAAAAAUAAAAACGAGCCCUGCUUACCAUACAGAGUCCAGCCCUCUCGCCGUGAGUUAUGAGUACACAUAAUUGGAAAUCUUACACCUUGUUCUUCUUUUAAACUUUUAUCUUCUAUACGCCACAUAUGAAUACUAAACAUUUGAAAUUCAUCAUGUAUUAGGCAUUUUCUUUUCCGCAAAAAAGCAGAAACGGUAUGUAGCAGUGGCAUCAUCAUUCAACAGCCUUUCAGGCACAAGUCGGCACUUUUUAUGACAUGGUGACAUGUUUCGCAUCAUCAUUUACACCAGGCGGAUCCUGACACAUUUUCCCCGUUAGGUAUAUUUAAAAAAAAAAAAUACUGGCUGUGUCAUUUUUUUUUUGGUAUUUCUAUUCUGUUUGUUUUCUAUGAGUGACAGAGUCUAACAGCAAAAUGCCUCCUCUUGGAAAUGAUUCCUAACUUGAAACCGCAGAAUAAAACUGCAUUGAUGAUUCAUCCUGACCGAAAAAUGUUGCCAAAUGGACCUUUAUAUUAGUGCGUCAUGAGGAAGAAAUGCUACUCUUCUGUUUGAAUACUCAUGCUGUGGGUAGAGAAAGGACAUCAGAUCUCAUUGAUGAAAGAGAUGAAAAAUACAUUAUUUCCUAGGAAACUCUUUAAAAAAAAAAAAAAGUACAGUAAAAGGAAUAUUUUUUAUUUCUUCAAUCUCUUGCUGCUGUAAUGCUAUGCAGACAAGCAUUUUCUUCUCUGUGUGCCAUUUUUGAAGAAAAAAAUCAUUUGCCAAAUAAUUCUGGUAUGAUUCUGGUUUAUGGAUUUGGAUAAAACAGACUUUUAAAUGGGACACCAGUGGCAUGAAUUUUGGAAUAACAAACUGAUUCUGUGAUCAAACUGUUCAUCUUUAUCACUUUUUUGUACAUCAGAAAAUUCAAAUGGGAUUUUUAUUUUAUAACUUGAAAAAAAAAAUCUUACUGUUAAACUCUUUAAAUGUUUAAGGGGAAAUGGCUUUAAGGAGUUCGAAUGAAAAUUGCCAGUUUUUUUUGUAAAUAUAAAUGUUCUGGAAGUUCUUUUAAUAAUGCCAUUACACAGUAGAGAAGGUAGCAAAUUGCAGUGCUUGGGAGGUGUGGCAAACCCAAAUGGUGGUUUUUGCAUCACGUAUGUUUUCUCACAUGCUUAUGAUAACGGGCUGAGGCUCAAGUGCAUUUGCCAACAGCAGUUAGUUUGUCAGCGACUAGUUAAAUUGAUGGGAACACAUGAUUUUUAUGAUCUAGCUUUUUCCACGCAAAUGUAUUCCACAUCUUUUUCUUUAAAAAAAAAAAAAAACCCAUUUCAUAGACAUUUCUUUAUGAUUCUGACAUCUCUUCGUGGAAAUCAUCAAACUGUUUACACACAGAUCAGAAAAAUUAAAAACUUCCUUUUUUUACAUUUAUGAAACAGAAGUGCAGUGUUUGGGUUCAUAUGUUUAGCACAUGAUUUUCAGGAAAAAAAACUAUAUUUUUGCCCUACAGAGAGUUGUUAUACAGGUCAAAUGUGUUUUCCUGAUGUUCCUAUGCAGUUACAAUGUAUUGAAUUUAGUGGUUUAACACUAAAAAAAAGUUUAAACAAAUCAAAUGAUGAAUCUGUUUUUAGGGUUAUUGUGCCGAUUUUGUUUUUAAAUUGAAACAUUAGGCUUUCCAUUUCUGUCAUUGAUUAAAAUAGGCCUGGAGUUGUAAACUUUUUACUUUCAAUCAUCUAUAUAUAAACUAAAAAAGGGUUUAGAAAUCAGUUUAUUUGCUGUAAACGAGGAAAGCUGAAAGACGAGCAGGGGUAGUCAUUGUACAACCAAACCUCAUAACAUGAUUCCAGUCUCUUAUGUUGAAUGAGAUGCGUUAGCGAAUGUAUGCAAAUGACAGAUUAUCUGUGGAUAGACCUAAUGAACAUACAGAGAAAACAUGUUUUAUCCCCAUCCACCAUAUCCUUUGGUCCAUGCAAACAGUCGGUAGCAAAGUCAUUUUCACAUCAGAAGAAAGAGGCAAGCAGUUAUCUAACUUUAGGAGUUAAAUUAAAACAUACAGGUUAUAAGUUUGGGGAUUAAAAUAAGGACAAAAUAUUCCCGAAGGACAUUUCUUUUUACUAUUUUUGCUUUCAAUAAGUGGUGCUACUUUCUUCCUCAGUAAGGCUCUUCUUAGGUUUUCUCUUGCAAAAUGGACCCAUCGAGAUAAUCAUUUUGAUUCUUCAUAAACAUUUGAAGUAUUGUAUAGUCAGUGCAUUUUCAGUUGCGCAGUAAAAUGUUCAAAGAGAAAGAAAAGCAAAGUCAUGGCUCAGUAAAUCCAUUGUCAUUCCAUUUCUAGAGCUCAGACUGACCUACCUUUGGGUGGAAGAAGUCCAUGCAAAAAGUAGGUAAAUAUUGAAUAGGGUUGGGAUUUUUGGAUGUUUCAUGAGAGAUGAUAGUCCCCAUUGCCAUCGACUGUUUUCUUCAUUUUAAUCGGCGUUAGGAAAAAAAAAGAAAUCCGGAGCUACCAUACCAUAGCCCUAGCCUGUCCUUGUCAUUGUUGAGAUGCUGAUUUGCAGAGGAAUGUGGGGGUAUGCACUGUAUCAGUAUUGUAGAUAAAUACAUGAUCCAGCUUGUGCAAUUGUUUAAGUCCCUCAUCCUUCACUAGCACUAAAUUUGUCACUUUAAAUUUUUAAACCAGGGAAUCCCACCCACCAUCCUGUUAUCAUCCCCUGUAGUUUCCUGAUCUUUACAUGUCAUGAAAAAUAUUUUGAUAGAUUGUAGUCAUCCAAGUGUCUGAUGAAACUUAUCAUCUAAUAAUGUACUGGGCACCUUCUUUGCAAAAAUGUUUACUCUGUGGUUUUCAUUCAUUUUUAUUUCUGCAUUCUGACACAUAUUUUUUUAAUAAAGAUGAGAAAGAUAAAAUGACUGUUGCAGUACAUUUCUAGACCUACUUUAACUUUACCUCAGAUGAUGAUCAUUAUUUGUUAACAUAUAUGGACACAUUAUUUUUAACUUUAUGUAUAAUGCAUUCAACAAAAGAACAACAAAUUUUUAGAAUUUUCCAUUAAUUUCUGUAACACACCAUGUAAU